UGGUAACACUAUUCGCUGUCGAGUUUGCUCAGUUGUUGAUUUUCUGCUCUACUAUUUGUAAGCUGAUAAAUUUUUCUAUGUAAACGUAUUUAGAAAACGCUUAAAUUGCAGUGAAAAUAAAUUAGAUUAAAAACAGUUAUUGCUUAAAAGGAGCAUUUUAUAGUGACGUAGCAUUGAUGAAUAAAAAAAAACUUCCACAUUCCAAUUAGACUGUUCCGUUGAAGUGUUAUGUAUAGAAAUUACUUCAUGUACACGAAUUCGUUAAAAAUGUCAAGAUAAGAAGAAGCAGCAGAAGUAGAAUUAACGGACGACAACGAAUGGUAAAAUAAAAGGCACAACAAAGCAAGGAACGAAAAAUCGAAAUCAGUCGAGGGCGAAUCGAAAUCGUGAUAGAUACCAAAGAAGUGAAUGUGAGGAAAGAACGUAUAAUUUUUUCUCCAAUAAUUCCAUGAAAAAGAGUUGAAAAUUAAAAUUUUAAUAAAAAUUAACUAACUAAUAUAGAAAACUAGUGAACAUUGUCGUGUUGAGGCGGUGGAGUGUACAGAAUUACGCGUGGUGUAUUGCUAGUGACAAAUAGUGUAGAUAUCGAAGGAGGAAAAAAUUGUCAAGAAAAAAGUGGGCGCAGUAUAAGCGUAAUCGCUUGUGCAGUGUGUGCGAAAAUUUCUGGACACCCCAGUAUGGUGUUAGAAAUUUACUGAAAUUUAAGUGUUAAUUAAAAAAAAAACGCAUACAUUUAAUAGGUACACAUUUUAAUUGAGUUAGAUAAAACAACAACAGCAAGAAACUCGAUAUAACGCACAGCCGUAGACACGCAGUAAUCAGUGGCCGUAAGGCAGCCACCAUUCCAGUCAGGGCAGCAGCGGCCCAAGUAGCACAACCAGCAGCAAAAUGGAACAAUUAAUUCCGAUUGUAAAUAAGCUUCAAGAUGCAUUCACGCAAUUGGGCGUGCAUAUGCAGCUUGAUCUGCCACAGAUUGCCGUCGUAGGCGGUCAAUCCGCCGGAAAGAGUUCUGUAUUGGAGAAUUUCGUUGGCAAAGAUUUUCUGCCUCGUGGCUCUGGUAUUGUAACACGUCGACCAUUGAUCUUGCAACUAAUUAACGGUAUUACUGAAUAUGGCGAAUUUCUGCAUUGCAAGGGUAAGAAAUUCACCAAUUUCGAUGAGAUCCGCAAAGAGAUCGAAGAUGAGACGGAUCGUGUGACCGGCAGCAACAAGGGCAUAUCCAAUAUUCCAAUUAAUUUGCGCGUCUACUCACCGCACGUACUCAAUUUGACACUCAUCGAUUUGCCCGGUCUUACCAAGGUGGCGAUCGGUGAUCAGCCAGUUGAUAUUGAACAGCAAAUCAAAGGAAUGAUUUUUCAAUUUAUCCGCAAAGAAACUUGUCUCAUUUUGGCUGUAACGCCAGCCAAUACGGAUUUAGCCAAUUCCGAUGCUUUAAAAUUGGCCAAAGAGGUGGAUCCACAGGGUGUGCGCACGAUCGGUGUGAUCACCAAACUCGAUCUGAUGGACGAAGGUACAGAUGCGCGCGACAUUCUAGAGAAUAAACUAUUGCCGUUGCGACGCGGUUACAUUGGUGUGGUGAAUCGUUCACAAAAGGAUAUUGAGGGACGCAAGGAUAUCCAUCAGGCGUUGUCAGCUGAACGCAAAUUCUUCCUUAGUCAUCCAUCAUACCGGCAUAUGGCCGAUCGUUUGGGUACACCAUAUCUACAGCGUGUACUCAAUCAGCAGUUGACCAAUCACAUUCGUGAUACGCUUCCCGGUUUGCGUGAUAAGUUGCAAAAACAAAUGCUGACAUUGGAAAAGGAUGUGGAACAAUUCAAGCACUUCAGACCCGAUGAUCCCAGCAUUAAGACAAAGGCGAUGUUGCAGAUGAUUCAACAACUGCAGUCUGAUUUUGAACGCACCAUUGAAGGUUCCGGCUCAGCAUUGGUCAAUACAAAUGAGCUAUCAGGAGGUGCUAAAAUUAAUAGGAUUUUCCAUGAACGUUUACGCUUUGAAAUUGUGAAAAUGGCUUGUGAUGAAAAAGAGUUGCGCCGCGAAAUCUCAUUCGCUAUUCGUAAUAUUCAUGGUAUUCGUGUGGGCCUGUUCACACCCGACAUGGCCUUUGAGGCGAUUGUCAAACGUCAAAUUGCACAACUAAAGGAGCCGGUCAUCAAGUGUGUCGAUCUAGUCGUACAGGAGUUGUCUGUUGUGGUGCGCAUGUGCACAGACAAGAUGUCUCGCUAUCCACGCUUACGUGAGGAAACCGAACGCAUCAUCACUACACACAUACGCCAGCGUGAACAGUACUGUAAGGAGCAAAUUCUGUUACUCAUCGAUUUCGAAUUGGCCUACAUGAAUACCAAUCAUGAGGAUUUCAUUGGCUUUGCAAAUGCUCAGAAUAAAUCUGAAAAUGCCAAUAAGACUGGCACACGCCAGUUGGGCAAUCAGGUUAUACGCAAAGGCUAUAUGGUCAUACAAAAUUUGGGCAUUAUGAAAGGCGGAUCGCGUCCCUAUUGGUUUGUCCUGACAUCGGAGAGUAUUUCCUGGUACAAGGAUGAGGAUGAGAAGGAGAAGAAAUUUAUGUUGCCGUUGGAUGGUUUGAAAUUACGCGAUAUUGAACAGGGCUUCAUGUCAAUGUCAAGACGUGUCACAUUUGCUUUAUUCAGUCCAGAUGGACGUAAUGUUUAUAAGGAUUACAAACAACUCGAGCUUUCUUGUGAGAACGUUGAAGAUGUGGAAUCGUGGAAGGCCUCAUUCCUACGCGCCGGCGUGUAUCCUGAGAAACAAGUCGCACAGGAAAAUGGUGAUGAGCAGGAAGGACAAGAGUCUGCCAACGAAGAGAGCGCAUCAGAUCCACAGCUGGAGCGUCAAGUGGAGACCAUUCGCAAUUUGGUAGAUUCGUACAUGAAGAUCGUCACAAAGACCACACGUGAUAUGGUACCGAAAUCUAUAAUGAUGUUAAUCAUUAAUAAUACAAAAGAUUUCAUCAACGGCGAGCUGUUGGCGCAUUUGUAUGCCACUGGAGAUCAGGCACAAAUGAUGGAAGAGUCCGCGGAGUCGGCCACAAAACGCGAAGAGAUGUUGCGCAUGUACCAUGCCUGCAAGGAAGCGCUACGAAUUAUUGGUGAUGUAUCGAUGGCCACAGUGUCAUCACCUUUACCACCACCUGUCAAAAAUGAUUGGUUGCCCAGCGGUCUGGAUAAUCCACGUCUCUCGCCACCCAGUCCCGGUGGUCCACGCAAGCCUGCACCUACAUCACAGGGCUCUUUAGGCAGCGCCGGUGGUCGGGGUCCACCGCCACCACCUGCUUCAGGGCGCCCAGCGCCAGCGAUUCCCAAUCGCCCAGGCGGCGGUGCCCCACCAUUGCCAGGCGGUCGUCCUGGCGGUGCUCUGCCACCACCACUACUACCUUCUCGUGUCACCGGAGCGGUCGGCGGUGCCAUCACCCAACAAAGUGGAGCGAACCGUUACAUACCGGCGAGUAUGCAGGGACAGGUGAAUCAGGUCGUGGGCCAGGCAGCCAUGAAUGAACUAUCGAAUGUUUUUGCGACACGUUUCAACCGUCCCGUGCCGAAUGCCCCACCCAAACUGCCGGAACGGCCUUCAUACUAUGGCAACACUACAAACGGUCGCCCAUACUAAGAGGUGUAUAAAAUGGCGGCUGUGCCAUUUAGAUGUACUCGUGUCGCGAGAGGAUUCCACCGCUUUUGUUGGUGUUCGUAUUCAACAAUUUUAGACUUAAAUUACUAACAAACAAGAAAAGAAAACAAAAUACUAUUAAAUUGAUAAGAAUGACAUACGCCUGAUUAAACUUAGUGUUUAGUUAAAGAAAAAAGAAACGAAAUUUAAAAUUACAAAAAAUAUAAACGAUUUUUUUCUUUGAAUAUACAUGUAUGUAUAUAUUUUGUAUGCGCGCGAUUUGUAACUUAUGGCCGAAUUACAGUGUGAACGAUAAAGAGUGGGCGCAAUAUUGUAGUGGUGAUUAAAAUUUUACUUGAAAUUGGAAUUGAAAUUGAAAUGAAUAAAUUAAUUUUGUUGCUUUUUAAUCAGCGUUUAGUUAGUGAAAAAUAAAAUUUUUUCCCUGUAAUUCGUUUAGUUUUAAAAUAAACUGUGUCAACUGCAUCGUUUUGCAAAGGAAUUUUUCCCCUUACAGUACUUUUUCGCACAGUGUAAGAAAGUCUCCUCUUUUAUUAUCUUAAAUCCCAAUCUAGCAUAGUUUAUAAUCGCUUGAUUUGCUUGACACAAAUUUACAAAAUCGAAAACUGUAUUAAUGUACGUCUAUUACCUUUUGUCUAUUAACUUUUGAAUUAAAAAAAAAAAAAAAAAAAUUGUAAAAUAAAUUUUAUUGCAAAUGUAAAUAAUAUUAAUGCGCACUAAAAACACUUUUUAAAUUUGUUUAAAAGAAAUGUAAAUGAUUUUCUAAGUCCUAUAGCUCUUUUACCGUCCACUUUUUUCCCACAAGUAAAGCCUGUAGACUUUUGACAAAACAACUUUUAGCGAGUUAGUCCAUUUCACCUGUCAACCACUAAAUUGCUGGAUUCUAUUCCAAUUUAUUUAAACUUAGCCUUAGUUUAGAAAUACUUGGUAAUGAAUAUUGCAAACAAAAAAUUGUGAACGGUCAAGACUUCUUGAACUAAAUCCACAACCUGCUAAAGUCAGGUAAGCUGUUUUGCCAAUAGUCCACAUAUAUGUAGUUGCCCUCUGUUUUUGUAAAUAAAUAAAUAGCCACAAAUAAAAAUCUACGUACAAUUGUUAGCGGACGAAGCGUGUUGCGGGCAAAGCGUGUUUAAGUAUUUUUUUAUUAAAAAAAUAUUCUACUUUACUUCUGUUUUAUAAAUGCUUCAAUUAGUGUAAGCAAUUAAAAUAUAAAUGUAUAGUUAAAUAAGUAUUGUAACCAUAACAGUCAUGCUAAGUUGUGUAUAUUUAAUAAAAAUAAAUAUAAAAAAUAUUUAAAUUUAAAUAAAUUAAUGAAAAAAUUU